AAAUGAAAUGUUUGAUAGAAAUUCUUUUAAUAAGUUUCGCCUCGGGAAUUUCUAUUGUAAGCUCAGUCAAUUCGGAUAUAUUUGACACAACUGCUCAACGGAUUGCCAAUUAUAAAUAUCCAGUAGAAACACAUAAAGUCCAAACCAACGAUGGAUAUUUACUUACAAUGUUUCGUAUUCCGCAUUCACAAAAGGAAACGAAUUCCAUCAACAAUCAACGUCCAAUUGCCUUUCUUCAACAUGGAAUCCUUUCAUCUUCUGACGUUUACAUUCUAAACGGUCCAGAUAAUGCCCUAGCUUAUCUUUUGGCUGAUGCAGGUUUUGACGUUUGGUUGGGAAACAAUCGAGGCAACAGUUAUAGCCGAAAGCAUGUCAAUAUUUCGGCGGAUGAUACAAAAUUUUGGAAUUUUAGUUUCAAUGAAUUUGGAAUGCUAGACUUGCCAGCAAUGAUUGACUACGUUCUUAAAACAACCAACCAAGAAAACUCCAUUAUGUUGGACAUUCUCAAGGGACUACCCAAUUUUUUGUACUCAUGUCAGAAAUUCCAAGCUACAACUCGAAAAUUAAGACCACACAUCUUUUGGCUCCGGUAGCUUUUAUGGAUCAAGUCAAGAAUCCAAUUGUACUUAUCGGAGGACCUCUUUAUGGUCAUCCAUCAAUUUUAAGUGACGAAUUUGCAAAUCAAGAAAUACUUCCAAAUAAGAAUCGUUCUACUAUUAUCGGAUCGGUUAUUUGUGUUGAUGGGUCAUGGUUGCAGUGGCUAUGUUCUGAUAUUUUAUUUAUAAACGGUGGAUGGGACUCGAAGCAUUUAAACUAUACACUAUUGCCAUUUGUUUUGGAGACUCACACAGCUGGUACUUCAACAAAUGCAUUAAUUCACUUCUUCCAGAUAUAUGAAUCGGGUUUUUUUCGAAGAUACGAUCAUGGAAAAGAGAAGAAUAAUCAAUUUUAUGGCCAGGAUUCACCACCGAAUUACAAUGUGUCAAAUAUUGUAGCUCCAGUGCGACUUUACUAUGGAGACAAUGAUUUUUUGUCAUCAUUGGAAAAUAUUAGAAGAAUUGAAAAAAUGUUGCCAAAUUUAGUCGAGAAUUACAAUGUUCCUGUGAAAGCUUGGAAUCACUUUGAUUUCACUUGGGCAAUCGAUGUGAAGAAGUUCAUCAAUGAUAAAGUCAUAAAGACAGCUCUACAUUUUGAGAAAACUAAGGAACAGUUAUAAAAAAUUCAUAAAUUCAUUAAAAAUUAAAAGUUAUUUUUAAACUGUUUUA